AUGAGGCCUUCUCCUUUGGCCGCCCUUUCCGUCCUACCCAUUGUCCUCGCUGGCAACGCGGGCAAGUUCGAAGAUGUUGGGAGCACAAGAGUCAGCGCGAUGAUGAUGUUUUUGGGAAACACGGACAGAGUACGCCGCCAAGUAGAUCCCACAGUUAUUCUAACGACUCUCCUCAGGUUUACAUCCUGGACAAAGCUCAAGGCAAGCAAUGCGGAACAAAUCAAAGGACAUUCUGCUUGGGGUUCUACUUAUAAUACUGCGACUCAUGAAGUCACUUUGAUGGACGUUCAAACCAAUACUUUCUGCAGCUCCGGCAUGCACCUUCCCAACGGAUCUUUUGCCGUCUUCGGUGGCAACCAUGCCGUAGCAGUAGGCGGCGGCAACCCGGAUGGCGCCAACUGGGACUCGCUCCUCCAAGAUUUCGAUGGCUCAAAGGCCAUCCGAAUUCUCAGCCCUUGUUCCGCGUCUGACGACAUCAAUGCUGGUAACUGCCAAUGGCGAGUAAAAUUGUAUGAAAAUAUCAACGAUCCCAAGAUGAUGAUGCAAGCGGAACGAUGGUAUUCAACCGCUGAGGCCUUGGCAGACGGCACUAUCGUCAUGAUGGGAGGUUUUACUGGAGGAGGCUGUGAGUGUUAUCCUGUUUCUCCCUCUUUGGCUCAAUCACGCGUUCCAGAUAUCCUCCGAAACGUCCCUAACAGAAAUCCUCACGACGGAGCGUCUCUUUCCUAUGAAUUUUUCCCUUCCAACGGACAAGCACCUCAGGAACUCAAAUUCUUGGUUGAUACAUCCGGUCUCAACUCUUACCCCCAUGCUUUCCUCAUGGCCUCUGGUAAAAUGUUCCUGCAAGCUAACCUGUCCACCACGCUUUGGGACUACACCUCAAAUACUGAAACUCGACUUCCUGACAUGCCCAAUGGCGUCAUCAGGGUGUACCCCGCCAGCGGCGCAACCGCGAUGUUGCCCAUGACGCCGGCUAACAAUUACCAACAAACAGUUAUCUUUUGUGGUGGAUCCAACCUUACCGAACCUGAGUGGGGAAACUUUGCUUUCCCCUUCGUCAACACCUGGGAGCGUCCUUCCUCAAAUGAUUGCCAACGCAUUACGCCCGAACCUACUAACGGUCCUGCGUCGUACGUGCAAGACGAUAAUAUGCCGGUUGGUCGGACGAUGGGACAAUUCAUUAUUCUCCCUGAUGGCAAAAUGCUUGUGGUUAACGGUGGUGCCAAGGGGACAGCUGGCUAUGGUCGUAAUAACUCGAUUACGCCGGAGAGCGAGAUGCCUUUCCAGCAGUCGUUUGCCGCUGAACCAGUCGGGCAACCAGCUCUCUAUGACCCGAAUGCAGACCCCGGCAAGCGAUGGACAACCACUGGGUUCGCCACAUCCAGCAUCGCACGGCUUUAUCAUUCCUCCGCCAUUCUGCUUCCCGACGGCGCCGUUCUUAUUGCUGGCUCGAACCCCAAUCUGGAUGUGAAUAUUAGCUCGGCCGUCAAAUUCCCCACGACAUACACCGCUGAGAAGUUUUAUCCCCCGUACUUCUCUGCUUCCGUUCGCCCCGCUCCGUCUGGUGUUCCGUCCACUCUCUCUUAUGGCGGGAAACCCUUCGAUAUCACUAUUCCUGCUAAGUCAUACUCCGGCUCAUCAAACACUGCCGCAGCUAACUCUGCUGUCAACGUUAUUCGUGGGGGCUGGACCACUCACGGAAUGAACAUGGGUCAAAGGUUCCUGCAACUGAACAACACCUAUACGGUCCAAGAUGACGGCACCAUCAUUUUACACGUUGCGCAAAUGCCGCCCAAUGCCAACAUUUUCCAACCAGGACCUGCCCUCGUUUUCGUUGUUGUGAACGGCAUUCCCUCCAACGGCACUUUUGUCAUCAUCGGCACAGGAAACAUCGAAGCCCAGCCGCUCUCAGCAGCCGCUGUUCUUCCGGCAAGCGUGCUGUCCAGUUCCGCUAGCGGAUCAGCUUCUGGCUCUAGCACUGGAGGAGGUGGAGCCAGCGGCAACGCGGACAAGUCAACUUCUAACAUUGGUUUGAUCGCCGGUAUUGCCGGUGGUGCGGCCGCUGUCGCUCUCCUUGCUCUUGGUCUUGGUAUCUGCAUCGCAAGAAGGCGACGAGCCCGCAUCCGUGCCAGCAUCCAAGCUGGAAAGGUUGCGCAAGCCCAAAAAUACCCCGCCUCCUCCCCUUACCAGCAAUUCCAAAGACCAUCAUCAAACAUGUCUGGCGGUAACGAGUCGCAAAUAUACUUGAACCACCAAAACAGGCCAAGCGACGCUUGGAGCCACAGCCAAAACGACAGUCAAGUAUGGGAUGCUAAUCGUAGCAAUCCUGGCUUCCAGGCUUACCGUGAUGUCGACCCCGACAUGCCUCCCACACAACCACAUGUACAAACUCACUACCCCAAUGCGUCAUACUCCUCAUUCGAUCCGCGUACAGGGGGCGGUUACCCACAACAACCGCGUUAUUAG